AUGAUAUAUAUCCAUAUGAAUUGAAUUUUUGACGCAUUUUUUCUUUUUUUUUUGUUAUUUUUUUUGGAUUGAUAAUAAUCAAUUUAUGAUGCUCAUUUUUUUCUAAAUUGAAUUAUGGAUGAGCUUGUCGAUGAACUUAGUGGUACCACGAUUGAUGAAGAACCUCGAAAGGGUGGACAACAAAAAUUAAAAAAUACAAAACCUGUAAAUAGAUAUGCAUCGAUAAUAAAUCGUUCAAAAUUAUUGAUUCUAAGCGAUUCUGAAAGUAAUGAUGAUGAAAUAUUUGAAAAACAAUGUUCAAGUAAAUAUCCACGUUUUUCUAAACAACGAAAUCCAAGUUGGAAAGCUAAAGAACAUUCCAAAAUUAUACCAAAAAGAAAAAGGAAUUCUGGUUCAUCAUUAGAGGUUCAGUCUGGAAAUACGUUGAUAUCAUCAUUGUUAGCAGAAUCAUUGAUAAAAGAUAAGGCACGAAAAAAGAUUGAUCCAAUGAUGGAUGUUGAUAAAUAUUCAUCCAGUGAUCUUUCCGAUGAUUGUCCCACCGAAUCUAAUUUUGAUGGUGAUGAUGAACAAAGUGAUUUUUAUGAUUGUAGUCUAGAAAAUCAAUCCAGACAUCAUCAUCAUCACCAUCGUCAUCAUUCACAAAUCAAACAAAAACUUGAAUUCAAAAUGCCUAAACCUGUAAAUCCAUUUUCUGUUGAUUUUGCCGAAACACAUUCACCGAAUAAUCAUUGGAAACGGCGAAGAGCAAUGCAUUAAUAUUUUUUUUGUAAAUUUGUUGCUUUCAUAUUAUUGUAAAUGAAAUUGUAAAUAAUGAAAUAAAUUUUUUUUUAUUAUUA